CAAAAACCAGGAAGGUAUUCAGGGUUGCUCUGCAUUUGCUGCCCAUGGAAACUGUGACUCUACCCAGUGGACAACAGCUUGUAGUGCCGAAGAUUGUUAAUGACUUGUGCAGUUUCAUUAUUACAAAAAUUGACACUGAGGGACUUUUCCGGAAAGGUGGCUCAAAAUCUAGACAAAAUGAAAUUAGAUUAUCAUUAGAUGCUGGAUGCUAUUUAGGAGAAGAACAUCAUGAAGUUGAUGUUGCUAGUGUACUUAAAACUUUUUUUCGUGAAUUGCCAGAGCCCUUGAUUCCAUUUUCUUUCCAUGAAUUGUUUUUGAGAUGCAUGCUUCUAUCUGAACAUCAAAUUGAAGCAGUUCUAUUAUCCUGUUUGUUAAUACCAAUGGAACACCUUAACACUUUAGCCUAUUUUAUGCAGUUCUUAUUCAGAGUGUCUGAAUAUAGUCCAUUUAAUAAAAUGGAUGCUUACAAUUUGGCAGUGGUAAUGGGGCCCAGUUUAUUACCAGCUGAAGAGAAGUUGCCUCAUAAUCCAACACAAAGACUGACAAAGACCUGUGAACUUUUUAAAUUACUUAUAGAAAACGCUGCUAAUAUUGGAGUCCUUACAGAGAGUAUAAUAGAGAGGAUAGCUAUAACGAGUUCGAUGAGUUCACUCAACGUCGAUGACGAAGCUAAUGUUAAAAAGAAAAAGAAGCGACGAAGUGGUUCAUUGACGCGAAUGUUGAAUGGUUUAAAGAAAAUUGUCAGCAGUAAAACCGAGGAAGUCGUUCAAGAAUUUCCACCGGAUUUGUUGCUAACUCCGUGCAUCACUAGAUCCGCGAAGAAACGUAAAAUCGAAUCAGCCGGAAUUUCAAAUAAGAAACGACGACAAAUCAUUAAUAGUUUACCUCAGCAAGCUAUAUUAAAUACUCCAUAUACUCCAGUUAGUAAAAAUCCUGAUGCAAUAAAAAAACCUACCCCAGAAACAUGUGAGAAGACAAAGGAAAAGAAGGUACUUUGGUCGAAGAGCAAAGCGAAAGUGGAAGAAGGUUCAUCUAAAACGGCGAUACAAAGGCGUUGGUCUGCAGUUAGUUCUGUGGCUGCUUUCAGAAGAAAGAAGACACGGAAUUCGUGUGCCGCUUCUUUGACUCACCAAAAACCUAAGAUCUUAGAGAAAGAUCCUCAGAUAGAUAAUAGGAUAAACGAUUUAUCUGAAGAACUUACAAAGCAUAAAGAACCUGAAACUGAAAACUAUGUGCGCAUUUCCAAAGUCGAAUACGAGGAGAUCAAAAACCGUGUUUCAGCUAUAGAACGACGUAUCUCCAUAGAGCUGGAGAACGCAGAGCCGGAAGCAUCUGCAACCUGUGAUGAUGGAGUAAAGGAUGUAGAGAUGGCAUACGAGCAAACCCUUGUACAAACUGAGCCGCUUAGCCCUACGACAGAUCAGCUCGCUAAGAGGUUGAGCAGAGAACUGAAGAUUCGGCGAUCGAACGAACCUAAAGUAUUCAGGUCUCCGAGUGCCAGAAAAAUCGGAAGCUUGAGACGCAGAUCCCGGGAACGCGACCAGCCUACGACGGCUGAAGAACCUCCGAAGACACGUUCGAAUUCGUUUCAUGGUAACAAUUCGCCGUCCGUAGUGGCGAAUUCGAUGACAUCGAACUCCUCUACGGUGAGUUGGAAAAGUGCGCAAGGAUUUUUCAAUGCUACGCCUAUGUCUAACCCUGGAGUCACUGAAAACUGUAGGGCGUCGCUGGCGAAGUUGCGCAGUCAAAACGCUGGGAUGGUGCUGGCCAAGGCGAAAUUGUUUGAUAACCUAGUGGAUUCAGAGUGUAGUAGCAACAAAUCUGGAGAAUCCAAUUGCGUAUCAUCUCAAACACGUAGCACCAAAAUCGGGGCUCCACGAGUUCUUGACAAGAACAGCAGGAUUCAGUCGUUAAAAAUGGAGGAGCGCAGAAAGAAGGCUAUUUCACCUAGAAAGAGAAAUUGCAACAAAAGUCCACAAAUUCGAAUGCAACGUAUCAGCGUGAAGGCGCCACCACCUCAAGAAUAUAAUAUGGAUAGGACAAUAUUGAGAGACUGCAAUCGCCGUGGGUCAGAACCAACGACAUCCCCAAAAUGUGUAACACCCAGAAAUGCACCCCAAAUCAAGAGGACUUUAAACCCGAAGUCGCCACGCCGAAUUUGCAGGACACCGGUUUCCGAAGCUAAACAAACACCGCUCAAAGUAAUCGCAACGACGAGGAACACGCAUCACUACUAAAUUCCUUCUAGCAUUCUUAUUUUGCUAUGCAAGUAGAUAGCCCAAAAUUCUGCUUUACCAGAGCAUGCGAGCAUAAUUUCGAAAAUUUUAUUUGAUUUUUAUAGCAAGGACUUGAAUUGAUUAAAAUUUAACGUUGACUCUAUAUCGAAAUUAUGUUCGCAUUGUCUCCGAGUAUGAAGUAAGGACAUAAAGAAAAAAAGAAAGAAUUAAGUGGCCAUAGUUUAUAUUUCUUUAUAUAUCGAUAGAUGUUUUUUUUUAUAUUUUCGUAUAUCCGAGAGUGCUGUGCAAACUAUGUACAUACGCAUUGUUAAAGAAAGUUAGAGAGAGAGAGAGAGAGAAAACGAAGUAAUCGAAUGUUUUAUAAUU